UAUAAGGGUGAGUUCGGACAGUCUUUCCACACCAUUUAUGCCAAACUACAUAUUCAUAGCCUCACUAUGAAGGCAGGGAAUGCUUUGCUGUUGCGUUUCUAUGGCCUGUGUUUAACACUGACCUGCUUUGGCCACGGAAAGUGGGUGCAGCAUCCUGAACCACAACCAGUGGAUUGUCUCUACAGCAGUUGGUCGGCCUGGACUCUGUGUGAUCCAUGCACCAAUGAGAGGCAACGUUCCCGAGGCAUUGAAGAAUUUGGGCAGUUUAGGGGCCAGCCUUGCCGAGAGUUGCUGAGUGAGAGCGCGGAGUGCAUCACGGAAGUCACAUGCGCACCAACGCCAACCACCGGCUGCCCUGCCGCACACUUUCAGUGUGGCUCAGGCGCUUGUAUAAAACAGAGACUGGUAUGCAAUCAUGACUUUGACUGUGAGGAUCAAAUCGACGAGGAUGCUUGUGACAGAAUGUCCCGGAAACCUUGCAGUACAAGGACAGAGGAGACCCCCGGCGACGGUUGGAGGGCUGCAAUGGAACAGGGAAUCAACAUCUUGGGUUCAACACCUCGGAAGACGGUCUUCUACAAUGGCUACUUUGGUGGAGUCUGUCAGAUAGCAUCGGGUAUCCGACUUCCCUGGAAUGUUGCAGGGUUUAACUUGGAGACUCAUUCAGAUAAAAAAGUUACAAGCGAUAUCUAUGAAAGCAGCCAACAACUUGUUCUCGAACUUCUGUCUGGAACUGCUUACCAUGGUGGACUGAGUAUCAGAUCUAACCCUCUCUUGGAGACGUCCAGUAGAAAUGAGACACUCGCUCUUGAGAGCAAGAAGUUUGUGCGGUUUGAGGGCAAAUUGCAGUGGGCUACCUACAGACUGAGACCCCGUGAUCUCAGAGUGGCCGACGGUUUCGCUAAGGACGUGAAGUCUCUGCCCGUCGAGUACGACAAGGGCUCCUAUUUCGACUUCAUCGAAGACUACGGAACGCAUUACACUCGCAGCGGAAAGCUUGGAGGGGAGUACGAUCUAAUCUACGUUCUCAACGUCAACGAAAUCAUGCAGAGAAAUUUGACAGAUGCAGCCCUUCUAGAAUGUCUCAAAGACUUUGGCUUCAACCUUGGAGUUGGUGCAACAGGAAAUGCUAAGACCAGUUCUUGUAAUUUCUUCAACAAAGUUGAGGGGAAUGCUGUGGUGGUUAAAGUGCUCAUCUCAGUCAAAGGAGGCGAUCCGGAGAUUGUUUCAGCCAUGAAAGCCAGAAUUAGCAGGGACGGACAGAUGAGCGCCGAGACCUACCAAAACUGGGCGAGGUCUAUUGCAAAUCACCCUAGUCUGCUCUACAGUGAGCGAGAGCCGAUCUACAAUGUAUUUCCCCUGGGUUUGCCGGAGGCUAACACCAAGAUAUCCAACAUGAAGGCUGCGCUGGCAGACUAUGUGGCAGAGUACAGCAUGUGCAAGUGUAGACCGUGCCACAACAAUGGUACACUUGUCCUGAUAGAUGGCCUGUGUAGUUGUUUUUGCAUACUCGGUUAUGAAGGCUUGGCCUGCCAGAACCAUGAAGCCGAUAAAAAGCCCAGGAAGGAGCCGUGCCCAAGUGUGCCACGCCCCAGUGUUCGCCCCCCCAGUGUGCAGCGACCCAGUGUGCCAUGUCCCAGUGUUCGGCCCCCAAGUGUGCCCAGCCCCACUGUGCUACAUGAGGCUAACUGGGCGUGUUGGUCGGGCUGGUCAACCUGCAGCGGUGGGGAACGAAGUAGAAGCCGAGCGUGUAACGUGGAGGGUCUGCCACCUGGAGGCGUCUGCAGUGGACCGGACGCUGAGACUGAUUGGUGUUGAGAAACUAGAACGCAAAGGGUCAAGCUUAAUAUUUGCGAUCUAUUAUCGGUGAGGCCUCUAUCGAUAAGACAGACCAUCAACUGGGAAGUGACAUUUCAGGCAUAAGAUCUGGCUAAUUAUCCUAGUGUAAACAGAAUAACCCAUGGCUAUACUCAGCACAAUAAACAAUUUUGAAGUUGCCAAAAAACCAAGACACCACACUGGCCACCUCACCACGAGGGCCUAUUCGUGCAGGAUGUUGUAUAAAUUGUCCAGAAUCCCAUUACUGAUGUGGAACUUUGGCUAAUUACGAGAUAGUGCUGCUGACCCAGCAAUCCAAUAAAUAGUUGUAAUGCAUUGAUUGUUUCUACACUUGAGAUAAAUAUUUAUAGUUUUCUUUUAUCACAGACACAUAUAUAGGUAGUGGUUCUUUACCUUGACAUGUUUCGACAUGUCAAGGUAAAGAAAAUAACACCUACCAAUAUAUCUGUGUGGUGUCUGUGAUAAAAGAAAACGAUUAAAUGAUAUAUGAUUACAUGAAUUGAUUAUAAAAUGAACCCAGAAUUUG